AUGAGAUAUCUCUUGGCAGCAGUUACUUUACUCUCGGUUUUUAUGGAAAAUGGGCUACAGGAGCUUGUUGAAGUCAGUUCCUCAUUGGCAAAUAUAACAGGUUCUUAUCCAGCACUUAGACACACAAUUUCAAUUACUUUUUAGCCCAUUAAAUAAAAUUUGGAGAUUUGAACCUGACCGCCUCUCCUCUUUUGCUGCAGCUAAUUGCCGUAAACCACUUGGGAUGGUGAGUGGAGCGAUAAAGAACGAACAGAUCACAGCAUCAUCAGUUUAUAACGAAGAAUUCUCAAAAUUUGGAGCACAUCGGGCUCGACUCAAUUUAACGAGAGGUUACAGAGCCGACCGAAAACAAAGCGGCGGUUGGAUUAAAGUGGAGUUAGAGAAGCAAAUGGUGAUAACUGGAAUUGCUACUCAAGGAUACGGCGAUCCUCGAGUUCCCGAAUGGACCGAACAGUACAUGGUCAUGUAUUCAAACGGCGGAGAUUAUCUGUACUUUCAAAACCUGGAAGGUGACUUAAAAGUAAGUCGUUAGCGGCGACGAAAUGCUGCUGUUAGUCCGAUUACCAAUCGUUUUGAAAUUCACAUCAAUCCUCUGUGAAGGUUCGGUCAGAUUUCUUCCAAAGCCAGAUGUAGCAUUUGUUUUGGAUUUUAGUUAAAAGGGAUUAUCUAGAAAUUAAAUGCAUCGUUACACAAGUUUAUUAAGUCAUAUGAAAGUUGCUGAUUCCGGUUUAUCAGUGGGAGAGUUCCAAUUACGAUAUGUGCCUUACAUAUUCGUCUGCUCUCAAAACGAUGAUGCGAAUUGAGCUAUGAAAUUAAUAAGGUCACCCCUACAUUUUGAGCCAUUCUGUUGCUUGAGGAGGUUAGCUAGCAUGAAAUUAACCAUAAUUCUGUCGACGAUAAAAUGAUAUUAGCUCGGUAGGAGUUGUAGGUGCCGCGAAAAACGUUUUUCUCUAUAAACUUAAACACUAACAAAAUUCCCUCAUCGUAUUUAGUGAACUCUGUAAACCGUAACUAGGUGUUAGGAGCUUUAGGGUUAAAAACUAUCUCGGUUUCUCAUUGUAGCAUAAAAGAAGUUCUUGCCGCCACCACAACGAAUUUAAUAAUUAAACACCUUUUUUUUACAAGAAGCGCAUGCCUAAGCCCUCUUUCCAAUCCGUUUGCUGAAUACAAAAAGACUAUUAUGCUAAAUUUAAUCAAAUAAAAAAUUGUUAUCAGCUUUUCUGAAGUUAUUGAGGAGAAGAAUCCGCCCGCUUUUGUGAGCAUAAUAAUAUUUGUAAAAGAGUUACGCUGUGAGUGGAAAUAGACAUAUGAAUUUUGUAUUGUAUCGUCUGACAUGUGGCUGCUAUCUUAUUAAAUUCACUUCAAAUUGAUUAAAUUUCAUAUCAUUUCGAUUGAAAGAAAAUCGCAGAUGAUGAUAAGUGUUACUUUGGAAGAAAAAGAGCUUUAAAUACUAAUAUCUGACCGGUCUAGCUAAGCGAUGUUCAAAAAAUGUACGGAAGUUAGUCAUAAAAUUGAUAAAUUAAUAAAGAGGUCUGUUUGCGUUGCGGCACAGUACAAAGUUGCAUUGAUAUUAAUAUCUGAAAAAAUAGGAAACCAUGUAUCGUUUGUGUUUUUUUGCGAUUGUCUGAAAAACAAGAUUACUAUAGAUUUUGGGGGAGAUUUAACCAUUACGAACAGUGGUAUACAUUUAUGUUUUAGAGGUUAUCCAUCGUUAUCAUACUUAACGAAAUAACGUUAACUGGUGUUUAGCCAAUUCAACUAAGAUAAAUUUGUUGUAAAUUUACAUGUACAUCUUUUCGCCUAUGAGUUUGGCAGGAAUUGAUUUCUCAUUUGAAAAGAAAAUCAUCGUAGUUUCUAUCCAAUGUCUGGAUUAAGCAAUUUCCGUUCUUGAUUAGAUACCUAAUUUUAUUUCCCUAUGUCACCGUCUGAUUGACAUGCAUUUACUGGGGUCAAUACAUAUUAUACCAUGUUUUUUAAAUUUUAUUCCUUUUUUGUGGUCAGUACAUGUAGAUUAUAUUUGUUGUAUAAUUGUUAUUACAUUGUCUUCGGAAAGCAUAGCGAGCUUAAUUACUAUUUAGUGACAAUUACUUGCCACAUGAAUGUUGGUUGGAAAUAUGACCAACUGAACGUCAACGAGAGUAUAUAUUUCUGAAAUAGAAAAGAAGAGGUCACUGAUUACAAUGCCUGUGAAGUUUUUCAGAGAUAUGUUAGCUGUCGAUAGCAUGGCCUUCUAUUUAUCAUAAACGAAAUGGCGUCAGAUCAGUUUUAUCUGUCGAAGGUAGCAGACAGCCCUAUAAAACUCAUUUUUAUAAAUAUAAAAUAUUGCGAUUAGAGACGGUCACCGUUAAUAUAUGUUUUUUUUUAAUUUUCAUAUUCCCUGCUAAGAUUUUCCCAUUUUCCUAAAUCUGCUGAGUGAAACUCUUACUUUUUCUUACGUUCUUAUUGUUAUCUUUGUAGACUUUUACUGGCAACAAGGAUAGCAAUAGCAUUAGACGAAACGAGUUUCCACUUCCUCAAAUUGCAACGUCCAUUAUGCUUAUGGAGUCUGGAGUGCAUGAAAACUUUGCAAUCAGGAUGGAAUUAUAUGGCUGUGAACCUGGUAGGAGUUAUGUAAUUGAUUGAAAAUGAUGCUUGUACAUGUAUUUCUUUACGUGUCAAAUUUUUGUCAAUUUUUAGUCAGUUCCCCAAGGUCUACUUGGAAAUUCAUUUCAUUUUGUUAAAAGCCUCACAUAAAGAUCAGUCUGAAACAUUGCACUAUCACCAUAAUAACUCAAAUUCUAGUACCGAUUGCAAAAAACACGUCUGUAUACUUUUGGUGAGUUUUUAAGUCUUCACCAACAUUCAGAGGACACUCGCUUAAUGUGUUCACAGGGUGCUCGUUGAAUUGUGUUUCUAGGUAUUUGACAUUUGGGCGACGAACGUGUCUAUUCUAUAAACUGUAAUUUAGUCCGUUCGAUUGUGCAAUAUUUCGCUCCCUCGAAUUGUUUUGAAAAACCAGAUUUCUUUUAUGGAUUCGUUCGAUUGUUGUAGAUCAUGUUAUUUUGACACCUUUCCCGCUGACUUUUUCUGCUCCUCUGCUGUUUUCGAACCAGGGAACAAGAAUAUGGUUUGCACGCAAAGCGUCCUCACGACGGCGAUCAUCACGCAACACAUUUCAAAGCUACAGUUUUCCGUCCCCAUAGGUCUCCCAGAUUUGCCACACUCGCAAAUUAUGUUAACCACAACCGCUUCAAAUUCUGUCAACACGUUGUUUUAUUUUUAUUACUUAAGAUUCCUGUAAAAAAAAAAAAAAAUAAUUAGAAAAAAAAAAAAAGAAAACGCUCACAUUCUCAGUUCAAAGUUUAUUUCUUUCAUUUCAUGUGACUUCUUUUCGCAUGGUUUUUCAUAACCUCUCUAGCGGCUUAUAUUUCCAUUGAGAAUUCACGUCGUAUGGAAAUUUGUUCAAGGUGGCGUUUUUGCCAUUGUUUUUCUUUUAGGUCAAGAACUUAUUAUAAAUAUUAGAAAGUCUUUUGCCCUACUUAUCCCACGUCCCUUUUGUAAUUAUUGGCCGGAGUUUGUUUGUGGAUACAUUCAUCCUGGCCAAAUAAUCCGCUUAGAUUGCACCACACGUGCCUCAAAUUUUCAACAAGGUAUUCUGUUUAUGUGCUUUUACAUCGAUACCUUGAUAUGAUCGAGUGAAGCGGGCUCUACUGCGGGUUGUUUGCCGGUAAAAUUAGUAUAAUAUACUCCUUUUAUCUUUUGUUGUGCUUUAGCUUAGAUACUUUAUCGAGGUUUGCGAUAUGAGAAUUGCGUUUUGUUUAAUUACACAGUCCACCAUGGGCGACUGCAGUUCUUUAUUGGGGUUUGCAUACCAAAUGUACCCGUGUCACAGUUAUAAACUUGGGUAUUCAAUAAGCUUGUCCUCAUUGUACUCUUAAAAUGCUCAAAAUUUGCUCACUGGAAUUCCAAAAAGUUGCUAAAAAUUGCCCAAAAUGCAAAAAGUUGCAUAAAUUGACUGAUAUUUUCAUUUAAACGCUAAUUAAAAGUUUUAUUUUUCGGCCUUCACAAUAAUUGCUAAUAACCUUGGUCAAUAAAAAUAGCCUAAAACUAAGCUUUAAAGAGUUAAUGGCGAGUAUGGGCGGAAUUCAAGAAUACUCUUACGUCUAACGGAACAAAACGUAUGGUUCAUUUGACGCCUUUCCGAAAGUCAUUUUAGCGGAUUAUCCGUUAUAAUCUUAGGUAAGGAUCGCAAUAAGCACGCGAAACGCUGCCAAGUGACAGGUAGUGUGUUCGAAAGGUUGAUAAACAUUCAUGAAAUACGCAUAAAUUAAAGUUUUCUAUCGCUGACGAUUUUAUGCUUAAUAUGUGCUAUAAACCUAUAUUUUUCUCAAAAAUUGCACAGAAAGGCAAAGAUUGCUCGAGGUUGCUAGAACUGGAAAAAGUUACUCCAAACGCAAGGACUUACGAGCACAAUUGGGACUAGCCUAGUAUUAAAUAGAGUUUUACAGUCCCUCUCGAUGGUCAUAGUAAUGAAAUAAAUCAUAUUUGCUAAAUUGUUACCUUGAGUGAAACAUUCAAACCAAAGGAUGAAAAUUGAUGCAGAGAUUUUUAUGAUGAAUUCUAAAUAGGUUCUUCAGCCAAAUCUGCAAAGGGAUUAUCUUUACUAUUUCUCUGUCUACUAGUGACGGCUUGAGUUUUCCGAAAAGUUUUUCCAUAUGAUGAUGCAGUUAAAAGAAGUCGAAAUCGCUGGAAAUAAGGCGUAAGAGCCCAGACUACCUAAGUACUUGUCAACUUGAAAGUGUUGAAAUCUCCAGAAAAAUCAGGUGCCAAUAAUUAUUCGUACAUCAUCAACCACUUGAAAACUUUAAAUUCUUUCAGGCACAUGUAUAUAAUAACUCUUCCUGUUUUUUUUUCCAGUCGAUUUGGAAUUUUUGAUUUUCUAUAUUUGUAGAUGGAAAUUAAGAAAACUUUUGUAAGUCUCACCGAACACGAACACGUACUACCAAAAAACUCAACCCACACGUGUCUCAUUAGGUUCGUGAAUUGAGCUCGGACCACAGUAGUAGUACGUUCUCUCGCUACUGCGCAAUUCUGGCUCUCCGCAUAUUCAACAAAAAUCAUUGUUCUGUGUAGUAAUUGCCACUUAAUCACAUGUGCUUGCUAUUUUCAACUAUUAUGCUGAAAGCUAAAUGGAAGCCUCAAAGCAAUUUACUGUUGCCACUAUCGUAUCGUCAUGCGUUAGCCAUUUUGAUGACUCGUCCGUUUCCACUACAAGCUUCUCUCGUCGCCUGGCGCACGGUAGAGAGCAACUCCUCUAUUCUCGGGUCUCCGGUUUAAAUGUAUCCACCAUACGCAUCAUCCUGCCUUAGGUUCCAUGAACCCUAUCUUUGGUUUUUAUUAAAAGAAGAAUUUGGGUUGCCCUCCAAUUAAGACCAGUGGUUCUCUUAGAUUACUUUUCUCUCAGUUUGGACAUGUUUUCGGAAAGAAAUAUGCUUUCAACUUAAGGGAUAGGGCGAGGAAAAUAGUGGCUUUUAGGAAUAACUGGAAAUACAGUUGAAACUACUUGAAACAGCGCCAAAUUCGUCACACCCUGCAAAACCAUGUUUUGAAAAUAAUGUGUUAUUGUAUGUAUAGCAGGCGAAGGUGCUAGAAUGAUCAUUGAGGAUACGUCCAUAAUUGUUUUUGGAACCAAGUAAGAUAUUGUGUCUAAUUUUGCUUCUUGUAUUUGGAAGCCUGUAACCUCAUUUUUGUUCAGUCACGUACCUUUAUUCAAGUAAGACCAAUGUUGAGGUAUGACGAUGGGCUAACGCUCGAAACGUCGGCUUUGAAACUUAUCACGGUGGCCAAUUUACGUUGUCAACUCAGUUGAUAAUACUAAAUUACCUUCUUAUUUUCCGACGCGGCACCACAGUUUCUCUAGACACUUACCCCCCUUUAUUUAAUGUCAAUUUUUUUUUCUUUUUCGGAUUUGUGAAAUUUUCCAUACGCGUUGCAUGGUAUCCGCUUCGACACUUGAAACAAAUUACCAUAUAUUAUUAUUAUAUUACCAGGCCAAUAUAUUUUAGAUACCAUAUGAAAUUAGAUCUUAGUUGAUUCGGCACGUACUUAAGAUAAAGGAAUCAAGAAAGAAAACAAAUCAGAGUAUUCCCCAAGAUUCGAAAGCCAAACCUUCCUAAUUCGCUUUCAAUGCUUCUGCACGGAGCCAUAGUGAACUCGUUGCUCAACUAGGAUAUGUAAAAGGUGUAGCAAAGGUUCUAUCUAUCUACAUUAAGUAUAGAUCAAUCCUUACUUGUUACUAGACUUGGUAAAACAAAGACAGAGAACAAUAAUGUACGUUUGGCAGGUAUCUAUUGGAUCUUAAAUACUAAUUUAAGAGAAUUGACCGAGUGGUGAGUUAGGAUUCUGGGCUUGUAAUCCGGCUUUUGGGACUGGGCACAAGCCUUAGCCAUGCCACCACGCCACCAUGCCAUCCAGUGGGUUUGUUCUCGGUGGCCUGGGCUUAACUCAGUGGUUGCACAUUGUACAUACUAAUGUUUAUGCCUACACUACACUGAUCACUGACAUGUCGUCUAUGGAGAAAUUUGAUCGUCAAUCUAUAUGGUUUACAGGUUAUUACUUCGUGGUUUGGCUUUUGCUUGGAGAUUUUACCUUUUCAACAACUUAUCUUGAUAAGCAAGAGGUGGAAUACCAAGCUACAUCGGACGGCGUCGUGGACGAGGUAUGAGGUGUCUGCGUUAUUUUAUUUGAUGAAGCCACCAAUACGGCCUCGUAAUUUUCAGAAUUGGCAGGGCAUUUUCAAUUCAAUUUUUUUCAGACAAUUUUCCUCGUAUUUCCUUAAAUUUCGAAUGAAAGCAAAUUAUGAAAUGAAAAUAUAACGCUCAAAAUUUUCGAACUUCCUUGGCGGAAAAAGUCAUCCGCAUGUGACAAAGAUUUAAAAGGUUUUGUUUUCUAAGACCAACUUUUUUUUUCAACGGUUCGCUGGAAAAAAAAGCAAGCAAACAAACAAACAAACAAAAGCAGGAAAUCCCUGAAAAUACUUGCUCUGUAAAAAUUUCCACUUUGCGUUUCCUUCGUAGCUUAACGGUUUGUUUCCUUUUUUUCCUUGUAGGUGGUACUUGCUCUGAAAAGAACUCCUGGUUUCCUGUCUGCUAGUCUGCUACAGUUUAGGUUGGUUUUUUGGCGGUUGUUGACUAAUUUAAGUGGCUAGAUUUGUUUGAUAUCCUUCAAGUGGUUACUAGUAAAUUUAAGACCAAAAAUUUUAUCUUUGACCUCUUCUCGAGAUCAGUAACAGCCUGGAAUUCAGAAACUUCAACUAAACGGACCGACUAUCCUAUGCAUAUUUAGGCCUUGCUCCAAACAGACUCACUCUUAUGUUUUCGACUUGAGUUGUGUGCCAUUCUAGAACAAGGUGAUAUGUAAUUGUACUUCGUGAGUUACUUGAAUGUUCUGGUGUUAUAUGGAGAAAUUUUGGUGAUCUUUAUACCAGGAGGCUCUAUCAUUUGAUUUUUAUUCCUUAGCCCACAGGCGUCCGGUGCCGAGAUAAAGCUCACAGCAGAGUUGAAGAUCGAAUGUAUUGAAGCCAGCGUGCACGGUAUAACAGCUGCGCUGACAAGCUUCAUGCAAAUGUACCCAAGGCUUUUCGAGACGCCUGCCAAACUGCAGUACCCUUGUAAGUCAAAUGCAAUACUUACCUUCAGUCUGCGUAAUUCUUUUGUAUGGCUUGAUAAUGAAUACCAAGACUGUACGGGUUGGUCUUGCAUUUACAGUGAUAGAGAUGAUGUAUUCUUAAAUUCGAUUGUGAUCAAAAUUUUGAAAAUAUAAUCGAAGUUGAUCAACACCGUGUUUUUUAAUGAUUUGUACUUAUUAUUUUUGGCAGUGGAUUAUAAAUGUCGGCCGCCUGACGUACAUAUUCAUCUUAACAAAACGCACAGAAAGGCAGCGAGGAUAACGGCAGUCGACAUGUUUGUAAUCAUUGGAGAGGUGACUGCUCACUGCAACUCUUCCUCUUCUUUGUUGCUUCUGUCGUGGGAAAGGAGCAAGGUGAAUAAAGAAACCGGAGCAUUCGCCGUGGGUCCAUCCUUGGAUAAAUUUAGAGGCUCCAAGAACCUUACUAUCGAACCAAGGACGCUAUCUCCUGGCUUAUACUAUUUUAGACUAGUCGCUGAAAUGACCGAGGAGGAAGGUGCUAUUAAUUCUGAUUUUGGUUUUCUAGAAGUGGUCUUACCAGACAUUGUUGCUAAGAUCCGUGGAGAGAACAUAGCAGUUAAGGGCACAGGCAAAAUUAUUCUAGACGCAUCAGAUUCUUAUGACCCUUAUGAAAAGAAUCUGAAAGACCAGGGAUUGGUCUUUACAUGGCUCUGCCGAAGGGAAGAAGAAGAUUUCUCGAACGUUCAGUUGCUUCCAAUCGACCAAUCCAAUGGAAGGGAUAAGGUCCUUGGAGGAUGCUUUGGAUAUGGUGUCGGUGCGUUGAAUACGACUGAACCUACGAUUGAGAUCGAUAUCAGUGGAAUGAUUUCGCAGAGUAGUUAUGUUUUCAAGGUUAUUGUUCAGAAAGAUAACAGGAGUUCCUCUGCCAAUCACAGUCUAUUGAUAGCGUCGUCCAUUUCCUUUGCUAUCAGGUGGGUUAUUUGAAGGUAUAUCUGUCUAUUCAGAAUGCUUCCAACAGUGGCCUUAAGGCGUUCAUGCUUUGUAAAAGAGACCGGUGAUACGUCUGAGAUAUCGAGUUUACGAGCCUCACGCAGAUCCCAGCCUCACGCAGAUCCCAGAAGCCAAAAGGCAUCGGAAGUAAUAUAUGCAGGCAGAAUCAGAUUCCAAGGUAUAAUGUUAUGAUGUUAAUUCUUAGCUGUUUUUAUUAUCAGGUGUAAAACAAACUGUGGUGAUAGAGUCACCGCCAAUAAAAGAAUGGUGAUCGAGUCCACAUGCACAGGGCUCUCCUGCAAAACAAUCAAGUCGUAUAACUGGACACUUUACAUGGUCGACCCUUGGAGCGUUAAUGAAACGUGGAUAGAAGAAAAGUUGGGGGAUAAGAUACUCACCGAGCUAGACAGUCCAAUUCUGGUGUUCAAAGGAAAAUUAAACCAAUGGGAGAACUCUCUAAUGGAUGACGGAACCUACAGGCUGAGAGGCAUAGUUCAUCUGACAGAUGGCACCACGGAAGAGAGCGAGAUCUAUUUCAGAACUAACUCAGCUCCUUAUCCUAUCCAUGAUGACUCAGGAUGUAAAGUGAAUCCUAAGAAAGGGCAUGCAGUGACCACGGAGUUUUUCAUUUCCUGUGAUGGGUGGUAUGAUGAUGACUUACCUCUCAGUUAUGAGUUUAGGUACGUCGAGUCAGCUUACAAUUCGGUAGAUUUCGAGUUUAACUUAGGGAAGCUGUCGAUUUCUUGCCCAAAUCUUGGUUAAAAAUAUUUUCUUUAGGUGAGUUGACACCUUCAGUUGCCUCGGUUUCGAGUUGCACGAACUAAUCAAGUGUGAGUCAAAUUGAGUUCCAGUUUUGUUUCCCUGUGGAGUCAAUGAGUCUUGAUUUCUUGGUUAUUAAGUGGAGGUUUACAAGAGAUGGUCUCACCUACAUCUGUCAACGUAGAACAUGACUCAUCCUUUCUUCUCUGGUUCUUAUUCCUUGCAGCUAUCACACAAACACUGGUUUUGUGGUUGUGCAAAAAGGAUCAUCACCUAAUGCAACAGCGAGACUACCUCUAGGGGAUCCACUGCACGACUAUGCAAUAGCAUUGGAGAUACAGAUCUUGGAUUCCCUUGGAGCGAGCACGCUGGAAAUCCUUGUUGCAAUGGUAUGUUUCAUACUAAAAAGGUUUGUUUUUUACUUUGGAUGUCAUGCAUUUGAUCUAAAAUUUCUGAGGGAAAGCGCUUCGAAUUUUUGCUUCUUUCAGCAUGUUGUUUCAUUUAAAGGUUAAACGAUAUCCGCUCCAGCUGCAAUUCAUCCAAGCUAACCCUUGGAUGAGAUGUCAGUCCCUUGCAGGUUACCCUUACGCCCUCCCCCCUCACUUCAGAGGUAAAAUAAAUCCUUAACGCGGUGAUAUAUCGGUCUCUAAGCGACGACUGCCUGUGUCACUAAUUAAAACCUGUACGAAAUUUAGUUUGUAUUAUGAAUCUGUUUACUAGGACCACUGUACAUUUCAGGUUGAGGCAAUGCCCUCCGAGGAUGUUUCUGGAACCCUGAUGAAUAUGGCCAGUGGGGAAGAAAGCCCUUUAGGUAAUCUCCUCAAAUCAGGUGAUGUCGACAAAGCUGCCACAAUGGCGUAUGCUGUAUUGUCCAUGGUAGACACAAGCGAGGGAAAGAUGGACAGCGAUCAAAAGAAAUCUGUAAGUUUGCUUAAAUGUGUGAGACUGACUGUUCUAAAAUUGUCUUUCCGCACAAAAUACAUCUCAUAGAUUGCACGAGAAAUUUGUUUUGCAUCUCUCAAAGCUUUGGAAAGUAGAGGAUUUGCGCUUUUAUGGUACUAGGAACUUUUUCCGAAAGCAGAUUUAAAAAACUUGUUAAUGAAGGCUGCGAUAGGUACACAAAACGAGAAACGUCAUUUGAUAUACAAGUAUCACCGAAAUACUGUUUUGAUGCAAUGGAAACAAUUAAUUUCAUGGUAGCUUUGACGUUUUAUUUAACUCAAGAACUGCAGGUUCUAUUAUCUGCUCCUUUUCACAUCACAUCAUUGCGUUUACCUUCUCAGUUAUUUCUUCUAGCCGGGUUUUCUUCAUCUUGGAGUUAUUCAUCUCGACACGACUUCAUCCAAGUAUACUUUUGUCACUUCAGUCAUUUGUGUACUUCAACACUCAGUCUCUUCUUUGUGCACCUGUCUUUGAUUUUCUAACGAAGUUAAGCAAAGAAUUUUCAGAACCUUAUCUAGUUUCUUCUUCCUCUCUGCAUUGUGCGUAUGCUAGAACUGAGCGCUAUCUAUACAGCGAAGCUUCUUAUAACCGUGGUCCAACCAAUAUAUGUAAUUUUAUUAUUUCAUUAACCUCCAAGGAUUCAAUUUGCCUUCUCCUAUCUCUCAAAAGAGAUUAAGGUCAAUAGCGUGUUCUAGUGCGCUCAAAGUUGCAUUAAUUCUUAUUCUAACCUCCUUCAUAGUAGUUACACUAAAGAAUUUUUGCACUCUGAUAGCCAAGAUAGAAAAAAGGAAAAGGAGCCGCAGAAUGGAGCCAAACAGCCAAACUAAUGUUUGCCUCUUAUUUCUUAAUAUAUUGCCAUUCCUAAGUACAUCAGUCCAUUACUCUAUGUUCAUUCAUCUAUUUAUCAUUUGCCUCGAUCCUGCUUAAAAAUUCUAGGCACUUGGUCCACGGUUGAAGUAAUAAACAUGUCCAAUGCAUUCAUAGAUCCCAACCACACACUCCAACAGAGUUAACGUGUUUUAUGCUUUCACAACCACAAGUUAUUCUGAACACUUUUCACACUGAGCCCAGGCAUACCAACACCGCUAGAAAACUCGAAGCUCCGGGAUCCUGGCGUUUAAACUGUGAAUGAACCUAGCCACUAACGUCGUAGCUAAACGGUGUGAGGUUACUUGUCGGUAGAUCAUGACCGAGUGACGUGGAAACUGAAAAUAGUAAAUCAAAGGAAGGCUUGAUCCAAUCUCAAAUUGUAAUGUCUUAUAUUUUGCAAGGACCCAUAUCGAAGUUUCGGUCAGCGGGAAAAUCUGUAAAAAAUCUGUUGAAACUCUCUUACACGAUAUUGCAGGACUUCAUUCCUGCUUGUGGUACUGGACCUUAUUAGCUCCUUUAAUGGUGGAGAACACCUCAUGUUUUUGGGUGAAUAUGUGCUUGUUUCAAGCAGCCAUCUUUCCAGCAAGAUUACUCCUCCUUGUGGUUUCCACUUGUAUUUUUGGAAAGAAAAAGUCGCUACUUUAGUCUUCUUUUGUCUGGUUUGAAGAAUGUCUAAAUCUCUGAACCAACUUUAAUUCAAACACCACUAAAGUUUAUUGAAAAUACAAAAAAGCCGAAGUCGUUGAUCAAAAAAACUUUAAAACAUUGGAACCAAGACAGAAAAAAAAUACAUACUUAUGAAAAAUAGAAAGAGGUGAAAAGAAAGCAAGAAAGGUGUGAAGUUAGUAAAGAGUGAUUCCCUAAUUUCUUGGAUAUUCGUAUGAAGUUCCUUCCAAUCAAACUUAACGCUUUACGCUACAGCUAAAAUUUUUCACUUUUUUAGAGGCUUUUAACUUAGUACUCGCACUAGAUUCAAGGCACUGUAUCACAAGAAAGUAACGGUCACUUUAAAAGUUAUCAUUAGUGACACACAGAGACGCAAUUUUUCACGUGUACGACAGUUACUCGCCAGAUGUCGACACUUGGAGGGAGCACUGCACUUCCAUUAUCAAUCAUUUUCGACAAUGUUAUACAUCCUUUUAACACACAGGCCACUUUGGUAAGAACGGUUUUACGCUCACAGUUUAAUGUCACCAAGAACACAGUCCGUGAUGUAAGUACAUGGCGACACAUACUGACACACGCGUAAAUUGAUGUUUUGUUUUCUUUCCAUUCAUCUACUUUAUUUGUCUGUUCGUUCACAUUCUAAUCUCGUUUCCUUUUUUUCUUUUGUUUCUUUCGUUUUUCCCUCAAUCAAUAAAAGCCUUCCAUUGAAUGUGUUGCAUUUCAUUCAUAUUUUCUUUUGUGUCGGUUUUGUCGAUUAAUAUUUGUUUUGUUCAAUUAUUUUGUUUGGUCAUUGGUCGUGAUAAGCUCAGCUUUAAGUGCUUUUAUUUUGAGAAUCAAAUUUAUGUCACAUUCAUACAAGACGAAGGUUCCUCGAAUGCGACUCACAAAACUGCAAUAAAAACGUCAGUACCAUUGGCUGAGUAACAACUCCGCCACGAGAAUUUUAGGAGCGACUGAGGUUUGGACUUUCGGUCCAUUCCGGCUUUCAGGAAAGUCGGAAGUCUCAAUCGCAACGUGCAAUUAAGGUUCCUUAGUAUUUUAUGUCAGAAAAAGGACUGGAAAUGGAUUUCAUGUUUCAUGUCAUGAAAAUCUCACUCGAUGAGUAGAUUGGGAUGAAAAAGGGAAAGCGUUUACGCUUUUUUAAGAUGUGUAUCAUAUAUCAAAAAACCAAUUUGAUAACUUUUCAAGCAAGUUUUAAAGAUAGAACAGCUUUCUAAUUAUUUUUCCUUCCUCUUUACAUCGUUUUCAGCAUAAAAGGAUGACUAUCCCUAAUAAUAUUCUUUCGGUGGUCGUAUCAAUUUUGAAAACAAAAACAGGAAAAUUUGCAGUCAAGUUUUUCUUUCGCUUAAACAGCCACUGGUGUCUUAUCCGAUCAAAAUCGUCCGAAGAGCCAAACACAUGGAUUUCCAGAGACUUGUAGACUCGGGGACGGAAUUGCAGGUUCAAAACGACCUUUAAACGUCGCUGUCAGAGAGGAGAAGCCACAUAUAUUCACGAAUGACGGUGUAGCCAGACUCCUUUACGUUUCAAAAGAUUUACGUGAAACAUUCUUUUUGUUCACAGUUAAAAGAUACCAUAAUCGGGCAGAUGUCCCAUGUUAAAGUUACCAGCCUUGAACAAGUUACACAGAUGGCAGCAGUGGUUGCCCUAGCAACGGAGCAAAAAGACGAAAUCUCAACUCAGUCGCAGGUUAGGCUCUUGCCUAUUAGGCAAAACGUUGCAGUAGUGAAAUACAUAUGCACUUUCUUUGAUUCAUUUGCCAAAGAAUUUCUUGUCAAGUGAUCCGUGUCCUAUGGGUUCUCCUGAUUACACCCUUAACUUACUCUUUAUUCUCUAGUUUUUUCAUGUGCGUAAAUACUUUUUUCCUGAACGCUUCUAAUUUUUCCUGGACAGGAGAACGCCGUAAACCUAUUAGAGAACACGGCCGACUUCGUUUCCUCUCAGUUAAGUUCUGGUACUGCGGAUCCUGAGGCCCUUCAAAACGUCGGCUUUAGUCUUCUAUAUGGCAUAUCCAACGUCAUGAAUGCUGCAUCCACGGGUGCUAAACAAGAGGAGGUAGAUGAAAACGAAGGUGACGAAAGUGUGGUGACUGAAAAGUCUAUCAAAGAAACAAACAAGGAGAAGAAGAAAGAUAACAAAGAAAAGGUACUAUGUUUUAUUUACUUCAUGACGCUCACGGCGGUUAAGUAGGAAGCACGUGAAAAGGUUAUGAAGGCAAUGCCUUGCCUCCAUAAUAAUAAUUUAAAAAUAUCCACCAAAGUGGAGGUGAACAGUGUUGGAUAUUUACCGAGCUACGAUGCAGCGUGGUAAAUAUCCGCCACUUUCACGGACACUGAGGUGCAUAACUGUUUUAGUAUACACUACACAGAUGGAAAAAAUAAGUUUAUUUCUUUCAAAAAUUGGUCGAAAUGAAAUUGUUGACGAGCGAUUGUGUUUUGCCUUCUCGGAGGUGAGUAAUAUUUGCUAUUUACAUCCGAACAAACCAAUUAGCGUGCGCAAAAAGCACUAUUCACCUGUGUGAUAUAUACUAUUAAAUAUGUCGUGUGCUGGUUAAAUUUCUGGUUAGUACUCGUAGUUUUGGUCAGAGAACUUUUUGUUUUGUAAGUUUUCAUCUCAGUGGGGUCUAGGUAUUCGAGAUUUCCAUUUAGAACUGCAAAACCGCUCUGUGCGAGCACCACAGAUAACAUGCUUCAAGCUAUUUUAGAAAUAUUGUUCCAUUGUAAUUUUAAAUUGAGAUCUGUUUUUUAGGUUUUAUUAUUUGUUUAUCACUUUCUAGAACAAGAAAACGGCGGAAAAAACUCUCGAAUUGAUGGAUAAAGUCGGCUCAAGCCUGUUGGGCACCAAAACAGUUGGGGAGAAACCAAGCGUAUUUAAAAGCAAGUCCUUAAAAAUGAUGCUGGAUAGGCAGGUACCGUCAAAAAUUGGCGGCAAAAAACUCGACGACGGAGAAGGGGAAAGUGGUGUGGCAUUGCCUUCGGCUGCCACCUUGUUUGGAGACAGUGCUGAAAGUCUUCCUUCUGUCGACUCGCAGGUAAUUGUUACAUUAGAGAAGACACAUCCAGUCAUGCCGAUGAAUCUUAUCAGAUUCACGCAUUUUCAGUCGGAAUCUAUUUUUCCUCAAGUAUCGCGCUAAAUAUUGUAACAUAAAAGGCAUACUGAUUUCUAUUGGCUAAUAUUUGAAACCUGCUUCAAUCAGAAUGCAAUUUUAAGAAUAAAUAAUAUGUAUACAGACGUUAGCUGUGCAAUUACGAGAUCCUAUGGUUAAGUUUUUAGUUUCUAACGGUGAAAAUUGAAUUUUUCCCAGAUGCUUUCCUUUACGGACAAUCCUUAUACUUGGGAUGCAAGCUCUAACAACAUCAGGUCUUCGGUGAUUGAUUUCUCUUUGAAGGCUGCUGACGGAAGUGCAUUAGAAGUGUCUGGUCUACCGGAACCGGUAGAACUUUUCAUACCUCAGAAAAAGGACAAUGAAAACAAAGGCAAUGAAACAGCGACAGUAUAUUUUGCCAAACCAAGCGAUGGCUCCAACAACUUACGCUUUCAUCAAGUGGUGGUUCCAUUAGAAAGUUCUUCCAUGAUCGUCGAAGUGAAACCGGAAGAUGGAGUCUCCCUGGAGAUCUACGUCAGGCCCAAAAACAAACCAACAGUAACGGAGUACAGUUUUAGUGUGAUUCUCCCCAAAAUCGAGUUCUGCAACUCGACGGACACCACCUUAAACUGUAGCUCAGAAGCGUACAAGUUCAGCAUAAGCAGUGCACUGACUGAUCACGUAGGAUUACAUUAUGUGGGGAUCAGAUAUCCAAGACCAGAAAGCGACCCUACAUCGUCCUCAAAGGUUGAAGUUGAAAUUGUAGCGGAGCGUGUCAGAAGAGGAUGUGAGAGUCACGGCGGUAGGCAGAAACGGUCUUGCAUUGGUGUUAAGACUCCCCCAACCACCCCUCCUCCAAAACUUCAGAUACUGGUACCAAAGUAUAAUGCAAGUACAGACGUGAAUUAUACGAUGUCUGUAACGGCUACGUCAUGUUUGUACUGGUCUGAAACAAAGCAGACUUGGACAGGUGAUGGCUGUAAGGUGAGAUUGAUCUUAGCCAUAUGAAAAAAAUGCAAGACAAACUGAAGUUGAAGUGUUAGCUGCGACCAUAGCUCUCCAGUAAGACUGUUUACUUCAUCUGUAAAUUCUGUGUGCUGGAUAGGCAAGAACAAACCGAGUAAUCGGAGCUCGCUUUUUAUUCGGAAAAAUAAGUCUAAGUUUCUUUUUUAAAUUUAAAUUAUUUUCCUAUAAAUUCUGUGCUUCAUUUCUAACAAGCAAACCAAAUCAUGAAAAAAAAAAAAGAAAAAAAAACAGUAAAAAAACCAAAAAAUCUAACCCUUAUUUCUUUCGUUUUGUGUUUGUUUUGUUAUGUAGGUGGGACCUAAGACGGUCGCCAGAAAUCUUCACUGUCUCUGUACCCAUCUAUCUGCUUUUGGUGGAGACUUCUUCGUUGCACCGAAUCCUAUCGAUUUCGACAAAGUCUGGGCCGAAUUUGGCAAUUUGGCGGAAAGUGGAAACUUUGUAGUACUGGCUACAGUUUGUUCCCUAUUUGGACUUUACUUCGUUGGACUUGUGUUCGCUAGAAAAUCGGAUAAAAAAGACGAAUUGAAGGUUAGUUUCUCUAAAUGCAAAGACUCCCUUAAACGGUUAAACUCCUAUAGUCCUAUUCCCUUUAUGAGGGUAUCACAGUGGUUCAUUUCAAAACGGAAUGUUAAAGUUUAACUCUCUUUUCAGGUCGUGGCUAAUGUGUAUUUGACUGAUAAUACUGACGAUGGGUACCUCUAUGAAAUCUCCGUUCAGACCGGAAUAUGGAAAGGCUACGGGACUACUGCAAACAUUGGCUUGAUUAUCUAUGGAGAGCUUGAUACCACUCCCCCCUUACCAUUGUCGGACCCGGGAAUGGAUAAAAUUUUCUUCGCCCGGGGGAGCAUCAACAACUUCACGCUGUCUGUGCCAGAAUCGCUUGGCAAUUUGGUGAAGAUUAAGAUUUGGCAUGACAAUAGCGGCAGGAGUCCUGCUUGGUUCUUCCAACAGGUGCAGAUCGUCGAUACACAAACCGGCGAAAAAUGGAAUUUUCUUGGUAAUCGCUGGUUGGCUGUAGAAAAAGGAAGCGGCCAGAUAGAACUAGAAGUUAAAGCUGCUGACAAAAAAGAACUUGCUGGAUUUAGAAAUUUAUUCUAUUCGAGGACUGCACGGAGCCUGGGUGACGGUCAUUUGUGGUUGUCGGUUUUUACCAGGCCUCCACAUAACACGUUCACUCGUUGCCAGCGUCUUACGUGUUGCUUGUCGAUUUUAUUCGCCACUCUUGUAACAAACGCUAUGUUUUAUCAAUUUGAUAAAGCACCAGGAGACACUUUUCAAGUUGGGCCACUGAAAUUAAGUUGGAUACAGAUCAAGAUCGGAAUUCAAAGCAGUAUCAUCGCCAUUCCAGUAAACGUAUUAGUUGUUACGAUCUUUAAAAACAUUAAACAUCCGCCUCCUGUGGAUGCUCGAGGAUCCAAUAAGAAAGUGCCCGGCUGCCUUCCUCAUUUUUUUGUGUAUGUAGGUUGGACUCUGUGCCUGCUCACCUCCUUAGCAGCAGGUGCUUUCACCGUAUUUUACAGCUUGAUGUGGGGUGCGGAAACAUCUAACAAAUGGCUCACAUCAAUAAUGAUUUCAUUCUUUCAAGAUGUUAUAGUCACUCAGCCAAUCAAAGUUGUCUUGAUUGCAUCUUUACUAUCGUUGAUUAUUAAAAAGCCUCCGGAGCAGGAAGACGUAAUUGGCUCAUCUAUGUCAAGAAGCAGUGGAAAAGACAGCCAGGUAUCCGCACCUCACGGUGAAGCGCUCAGAAAAGCGCGUGAAUUCCAGAGCAAAGUGUUGGAAAUGUUCAGGACGAUCAUCGAAAUGGUGUUUUUCUUUUUAUUCAUUGCUCUCCUGAUGGUGGUGUGCUAUGGCAAUAGAAAACCUACCAGGUUCAUGUUGACUACAGAGUUGGAAAAACGUUUUAGUGGCUUUGAUAAGGUUAGAGUUCGAAAUCAGUUACAACACUUAACAAACAAGAAAAGAAAUAAUGGGUAAACAUAUGAGCUACUUUCCCUUUCACCAAAACAAACCUCUAACUUUACUUUUAUAUGGAAGUCUUGCAAGAGUAGGAGACCAAGAGCUUCCAAUGAGACUGUAGCGGCUCCUUGAGUGCUUCCAUACCUUUCACGGGGUUAAAAAUUAUCCGUUGAAAAUAAGCAGCCAAUCUUUCACUCCAUUGAAGAUAUGAACAAUUACAAAAGAAAUAAAAAGACGAAAAAGAGAGCAUCUGGGUGAACAUGGGUUUCUUUCGGGGGCUUUCGGAAGCUUGCUUUACCAUUUUCCUUUCAGUGACGUGAUCAAGUCAUCUAUGAGUAAUUUUACGCAUUUUCCGUUGAUAACCCCUUAGGUGCAUAACCCAGACACCUUCUGGACAUGGACAAGAGCGAUACUGGUCCCAGGACUGUACAAUGUGGCGUGGUACAAUGGAAAACCCUUUGAGUAUGAGGAGGGCUUCAUCAGCAGCAGAGAAGCCUUUAUGGUGGGGAUGCCGCGACUGAGACAGGCUCGCAUAAAGCCAGGUGAGAAUUAUUUACCGUGGGCUACAAGUCAGGCUACAGGCCAGGCCCUGGUAAAUAUAUAUAUUUUUUAAUCUCACCCUAACCCACUAUACUCAACCCCCCUCGUUACCGAUCUUCCAACAUAGUCCAUUACUCUUGUCCUUCUCUUAGAGGCUUCGCUAACUCUCUCUCUGUCUACAUCUGGUAUUUUAGUUAUCUAAGACAAGCUACCUUGACAGCGACGUUUGAGGUCAUCAUUCAAAGAGGUCAUUGAUUUAUUUAGUGAUUGAAUUGUGCUACCCAAGUAAUUCGCUCCGCUAGUUUUUGUGUCAAUGUGCACCUCUCUAUAUUUGAAGUUGUAUCACCAUUAGUCUUCAUAUCCUCAAAUUUUAUACAGAUGUAAGAUGUGCAGUGGAGCUAAACCAACCAGAAUUGGCGCAUCGGUUCGGUCGUUGCCUGUCUGCGUACGUCGACAAGGUUGCAGACUCUACCUUUUUUAAUCAGCCGGGUUGGUUUCCGGUUGAGAACACCAGUGUAGCUCUCUCCAUGUUUGAGUUGUACGACAUGUGCCCCAGGCCCUGGCGUUAUCGAACGGCAGAGAAUUUAACCACUCUCUCUGUGCAGGGUCUUCAAUCCUCUUAUGGAGGUGGUGGUUUCGUCGCCGACCUCGGUUAUAAUGCCAAGUCUGCUCUCGAGGUGUUGGAUGGCUUGCAGAAAAAUAAUUGGAUUAACGACUUAACAGCAGCAGUCUUCGUUGAAUUUACAAUUCAUGAACCAGCGACUGCUUUAUUUAGCGUUUUGAAAUACUUGUUUGAGCGUUUGCCAACGGGUGGUUACAACACCGAGACAAGCAUCAAAACGUUGACGCUGUACGCUUCACCUGAUUCUGCUUUUGGGUCUUUUUAUCAGCUCUGUCAGCUGCUUCUGAUGUUGAUCAUUCUGUUCUUCUUCUUCGCUGAAAUCGGUAAAAUUUAUCGCCAAAAAUGCGGCUAUUUUAAGCUGUUCUGGAACUGGAUGGAACUACUUCAGAUCUUUGGUGCCGUCGCUGCUAUUGUUAUGUUCUUCUUUAAAGAAAUGUACACCAGUAGAUAUGUCAAACGCGUGCAAAAUAAUCCUUUUGAGACUUCGAGUACUGAUUACAUCGUACUAUGGUCAGAACUUGAAAUUUACUUGUUGGCUUUUGUUAUUUUUAUCGUGACAAUGAAGUUUUUAAGACUUAUUCGUUUCAAUCGUCAUAUCUGCCAAAUGAUUGCCACCAUACAGAGAUCUGUUGGUCAUUUGUUUUCGUUUUUUGUUGUGUUCGUUGCAAUCAUUCUCGCCUACACACAACUCGGAUUGCUUGUUUUUGGAAGCAACGUUCCCGCCUACUCCUCUUUCUUUCAAGCUAUGCGUGCUGUCUGCCAGAUGAUCCUUGGGGGCGAGUCUCACUUUCAUGAGCUUAAAGCGACCAGUAGGUUUGUUGGACCCCUUUUUGUGUUUUGUUACAUGCUGAGCAUGUCCAUGAUCAUGUUGAACAUGUUCCUUGCCAUACUCAACGACUCUUACGAAGAAGUCAAAGAUGUAGAAGGAGACAGUUUUGCUGACGCAGAGCUCGGUGAGUUUAUGAAAACUUAUUUCGAAACACGGGUCGGUCACUUUUGUGAUGAGUUAACUGCUUACUUCAAGAAGAUGAUGAGCUUUGCGCAAGCAAAGAGAAGACCUAAGAUUCAAGAUGUUGAGAGUUAUGUUAAAGUUCCAACUGAUUCAAUCGACGGAUUCGACAAAGUUGAUGGCAUUGAGGUGGGCGAUGAGAUUGUUAAAUUAGCUAAAAUCGUUUCAAUGGAAGAUCUAAGUGACAGUGAAGAUGACAUCUCCGAGGCCCUGGAAGAUGUAAAGCAUAAUUUAUCUGAUAUCAAUGAAGAAAUAAGACGUUCGAUUUCCCUACUUGGAUCCGAUACAAACCUUAAGACUCUCAACAAAGAUCUCAAAUGCUCGUGCGAGGACAACAGUUAUCCAUACUUCGGCAACAUCUGGGAACGCCAAUACGAUCCUAAUGAUCGUUUCCGUAGAAGGAAAACUCCAUACACGGAGCCUUUGUUAGCUGAGAUUUCAAUGGAUCACCUCGAGGACCCACAUCUAAAGGGUGACGAUGGAUAUAAUAACAACGAUAGAAACGGGUAUCCAUACUUCACGAACAUCUGGGAUAGACUUAUAGAUCCAAACGAUCGCUUCCGUAGGAGAAGAAGGCUGAGAACUCCUCAGCGAGAGUCUCUGUUCGACGAUAAUUUACAGGAACAGACAGAGGAAGUUGAUCUUGGAGUUGGUGAGGAAGGCGACAGGUUUGACUCAGUGAGGCUUGAGGAGCAUUCGACGCCUGAGGUAAUGUCAAACAGCACAACGAAUAGUAAUCUGUUAGAUGAUAUCCAAGAAAGUUUUGUGUGA